GAAGAAGCGUGAUGUCUGGAAGAGGUAAAGGAGGCAAAGGCCUGGGAAAAGGCGGAGCGAAGCGGCACCGCAAAGUGCUCCGUGAUAACAUCCAGGGCAUCACGAAACCAGCCAUCCGGCGCCUGGCUCGCCGUGGCGGGGUCAAGCGCAUCUCGGGCUUGAUCUACGAGGAGACCCGCGGGGUGCUGAAGGUUUUCCUGGAGAAUGUGAUCAGGGAUGCGGUCACCUACACUGAGCACGCCAAGCGCAAGACGGUCACCGCCAUGGAUGUGGUGUACGCUCUGAAACGCCAGGGCCGCACUCUUUAUGGAUUCGGCGGCUGAGGAUAAACACCCCCUUUUCCAUGGAACACAAAGGCUCUUUUCAGAGCCACCCAAACCCUCCGAAAGAGAGCGGAGACCGGAGGACGGGGAAGGCAGCGCAUACUGAAGGAACCUCCGUACUGAUAUCAAUGUGUACUUAGCUGUCUAUGCCAUGAAUAAUAAUUUGUUUUUAUUUAUUGUGGAACCCAGAUGUUGAUGUUACAUAUUAUGCUAUUUAUAUUUCCCAGGCAUACCACUCAGUUUUGUUACUGGGAGCCUGCAGAUGUUUAGACUAGAUUAUUUAUGUGGCGU